AUGUCAGAACUGCAGUAUUUUGAAGCUUUCACCUUCGAUGGCCAACAAGACACGGCCAAUUUCGGGUUAGACACAGGUGAAUUGUUUCCUCUGGCACUUAAGCCGACUCAGACCUGGAAUCCCACACUAGGAGAAUCUAUAGAGAUUAUCAAGAAACUGUCAGAGUCCGGGGAGCUGUUCGAAAGAGUGCAAAGACAUGGAGGCGCAGUCCUCAUUCGCGGUUUACCUAUCAAAACUGCCCAAGAUUAUAGCGAGGUAGCUCACGCAUUUGGGUUUCCAGCUCAUGAAGAGGUUGGUCGACCACCGAUACGAACUGUGUUGGCGAAAAACGUCAAGACCGCGAAUGAAGGGCCUCCAGAACUUCCUAUCUGGCCUCACAACGAAUACGGAUGGUCAACAAUAAACCCUUCUUGGUUGACAUUCUCUUGCCUAGACACGCCAGACUCUGGGGGCGAAACUCCAAUUAUUUCUAGUCUUGGCCUAGCAAGAGCGCUCAAGGAAGAAGCCCCUGAGUUUAUCGAGAAGCUACUUCAGAAGGGUGUGAAAUACGUGUACAGAUAUGGGUUGGAGGAUGUCCGAUCAAACACGGGGACAAGCGUCAUCGGUGCAUAUGGGCAACAUGUACAACCAGGCGAUGACAAAGAGACGAUUAGAAAGAAGAUCGAAGAGGAGGUUCGGCGGCAUAGUGACUUGUUUGAAUGGCACGAAGAUGGCUCUCUGAGCGUGACGCAUAUUGUCCCAAUUAUCAGGAAGCACGACGACACUGGCUUAACUACUUGGUUUGGUAACGUCACCAGCGCAUGGGGCCGAAGCACAUAUCACGGAGCAACAGAGCCACCUUAUCGAGGCGACGACGACUCGUACCACCCUCCUCCCGAAUACGGUGACGGAACACCGAUUGAGAAGAAAUACCUUGAUCUAGCUCUGGCGCUGGCCGAAUCACUUCAAGUGUUGGUUAAGUGGCAAGUCGGAGAUAUUGUGUUGCUCGAUAACUACGCUGUCAUGCACUCUCGUUCUCCUUGGACUGGUAAGAGAACGGUGCUAGCGGCCCUGUGGGAUGAUACCCGCGUGAGAAUCACUGACUAUCCUCGGGAUGAAUCAGCUUAA